AUGUCUCAUCGGGCGGCCUCUACAGGGUCGUCACAUUCGACAUCGACAAUCCAAGAAGUGACCAUCAGAGAGAAAUCUGAGCUAUCGCUUCAAGGUGUAAUCGAUGAGAAACAUUCCAUACAAGAAACGUCUCCUAUCCACCAGCCCUCUACUACUACUGCUAAGGAUGAAUCGGACGACAAGAAAAAGAAGAAGAAAAAGGAGCCAUCUGUUCCCAUUUAUAAACUAUUUAGAUUUGCUACCAAACUCGACUUGUUGAUGAUCUUCAUUGCCUCUAUUUGCUCGCUUGGUAUUGGUGCCUUACAACCAACAAUCAUUGUUAUCUUUGGUCAAUUCAUCGAUACGCUCACUGAAGCUAUUCAAGCUGGUGAAAGUUUGGUGAGCGCCACCCACGAUGUCGUUCUCAUUUUUGUGUACUUUGGAACUGCCACCCUUGUUGCUGCAUACAUUGCCCAGUCCUUUUGGAUCAUGACAGGAGAAAACCAAACUCGACGGAUUCGUGAGCUUUAUGUUCAUAGCAUUUGUCGCCAAGAUAUGGGCUGGUUUGACAAAGCUGAAGAAGGUUCACUCACCACUCGUCUCGCUGCCGAUACACAACUCAUUCAAGAUGGCAUCUCUGAAAAAUUUGGUCUACUAUUGACUGCCAUUGCAGCUUUUAUUGCCGGCUUUAUUAUUGCUUUUGUAAAAGGAUGGAAUCUCGCGGUGAUCAUUCUUGCCCUGUUGCCCAUCUUGGGUGGCACUGGAGGUCUCAUCGGAUGGUUGAUUUCCAAGUUUACCCUUGAAGCACAAAACUCGUAUGCGUUAGCUGGUGCUACAGCCGAGCAAGUGUUGUAUGGUAUUCGUACCGUGUAUUCAUUCUCUUUGCAAGAACGGUUUGCCGCCCUCUAUGCCAAACAACUUGUCAAUGCACGUAAAACAGGUGUCAAACGUGGUGUAUCCCUUGGAUUAUUGUUUGGCUUCUUUUUGUUUGUCCUUUUCUGUACCUAUGGCUUAUCCUUUUGGUAUGGUGGCAAGCUCGUUUCCGAAGGCAAGAUGACUGGCACGCAAGUCUUGAUGUCAUUCUUCUCAAUGAUCAUUGGUGCUAUGGCGCUCAUGCAAUUGCCUACCAACAUUUCGGCUGUUUCCACUGCAUGUGGCGCUGCAUACAAGAUCUUCUCCACCAUCGACCGCAUUCCUCCCAUCGAUGUCGACAAUGAAGGCGGUAUCAAACCGGCCACCGUUGUGGGUGAAAUUGAAUUCAAGAAUGUCCAAUUCAAGUAUCCUACGCGACCUGAUGUUACCAUUCUCAAGGAUCUCACCCUCAAGAUCAAGCCUGGCAUGACAGUAGCCUUCGUGGGUCCUUCUGGUUCCGGCAAAUCCACCAGUGUCCAAUUGAUUCAGCGUUUCUAUGACCCCCUCGCUGGUCAAGUUACGCUUGAUGGCCAUGAUCUCAAGAACCUCAAUGUCAAAUGGCUCCGACAACAGAUUGGUGUCGUCAGCCAAGAACCUGUUUUAUUCAAUAUGACCAUCCGCCAGAACCUUCUUAUGGGCGUGGAUCGUGAAGAUGUCCCUCGUGAAGAGAUUAUUGAAGCCUGCAAGAAAGCCAACUGCCACACUUUCAUCUCGCAGCUCUCGGACGGUUAUGAUACCCUCGUAGGCGAACACGGAGGUAUGCUUUCUGGAGGCCAAAAGCAGCGUGUUGCCAUUGCUCGUGCUAUUCUAAAGAAUCCUAGCAUCUUGUUAUUGGAUGAGGCUACUUCCGCUUUGGAUACCCAAUCUGAACGUCUUGUUCAACGUGCUCUCGAUGUCGCUGCUGCUGAUCGAACGACCAUCGUCAUCGCUCAUCGUUUGAGUACCAUCAGAAAUGCAGAUUUGAUCGUUGUCAUGGACAAGGGCGAUCUCGUUGAGCAAGGAACUCAUGAUGAACUCUUGGCGCUUGGUGGUGUUUACUCUGAACUCGUCAAGAAGCAGCAAAUCGCUACCAAGCAAGUGGGUGGCACUGAUGAAGACGAAGACAGCGAUGAAGAGGCCAUGAUGCAAAAGGAGACUGAAGAACUUCUCAAGCAACAAAAGAAGAUUGAAGAAUUGGCAGCUGCUGAAAAGGACAACAAAUCGGAUCAUCUUGUACGCAUGAGCACCGUUUCAUCCAUUGAUGCCUUUGAGCUUAAGCUUCGUAAGGAGAAACAAGAACGUAAAUUGCGCAUGAAGCAAAAGGCACCCAUCGGCAAAAUCAUUCGACAAAUGCGCCCUGAAUGGCCACUCAUUGCUGCUGGCAUCGCUGGUGCUGCUAUCGCUGGUGCCAUCUUCCCCUGCUUCUCGCUCAUCUUUGCAAAGGUUGUGGCAGUAUUGGUCAUGAGCCCACCUGAUCAAAUUGCACCUGGGCCAUUAGAAGGAGCAAACUUGUAUGCCUUCGUCUUUGUCAUGUUUGGAUUGGCUUCUAUCCUUGGUUUCUCAACUCAAAUUGCAAGCUUCGAGGUCGCUGGUGAACGAUACACGGAGCGUUUGAGAGCUGAUAUCUUCCGAGCUUAUUGUAAACAAGAAAUUGGCUUUUUCGACGAUGAAGAUAACAGUAUGGGUGCACUCACAUCAAAACUCGCUAUCGAUUCCAAGAAUGUCAACGAAAUGGUCACCAAAGUAUGGGGUGAUGUUGCUCAAAUCUGCUCCACUGCCAUUACUGGUCUCGUGAUUGCUUUUGUUUACAGCGCAGUGCUCACAGGAUGCGUAUUGACAAUCUCGCCAUUUAUUGCAUUUGCAAGCUACUUUGAAGGAAAGAUCCACCGUGGAUUUGAAGAUGAAACCGCCAAAGCCAAUGAACAGAGUGGUGAGGUUGCUGGUGAAGCUAUCAAGGAGAUCCGCACUGUUGCCGCAUUGAACAAGCAAGCUCAUUUCGAAGCCAAAUUCAGUCGUGCUCUUGAACGUCCCCAUCGCCUUGCCAGACGAAAGGCCUACUUGUCAUCUAUCGGGUUUGCUAUGCAACAAGGCAUUAUGAUGUAUAGCAACGCCGUGGCGUUUUAUGCUGGUGCCAAUUUCAUUGAUCAAGGACGCAUUGGCUUUGAAGAACUCAUGGUUGUCAUGAUGGCUGUUUUGAUUACUGCCCAAGGAUUGGGUCAUGGAAGUGUUUUCACAUCAACUUAUGCCAAGGCCAAGAACUCAGCUAUCGCAGCCUUUGAAGUACUUGAACGUACACCACACAUUGACCCUGACCUUGAAGGCAUGGAACCCGCUUCCUCCAAUAUCCACGGUGACAUCUCAUUCAAGGACAUCACAUUCAGAUACCCCGCUCGCCCUGAUAUUCCAAUCUUUGAUGGUGAAUUCAACCUUGAUGGCAAAUCAGGUCAAACCAUUGCCUUGGUGGGUCCUUCUGGUUGUGGCAAAUCGACCACUAUUGGUAUGCUUCAGCGCUGGUACGAUCCUAUUGAUGGCACGGUUCGCUUGGAUGAGCACAAUAUCAAGAACUUUACUUUGGGUAACCUACGUUCACACAUGGCAUUGGUUGGUCAAGAGCCCGUAUUGUUUGAUAUGACCAUUGGUGAAAACAUCCGAUUUGGUGUUGAUGAGAACAAGCACGUGACUCAAGAAGAAGUCGAAGCUGCAUGCAAGGCUGCCAACAUCCACAAGUUCAUUUCCGAAUUGCCCGAUGGUUAUGACACAAGAGUUGGUGACAAAGGAUCUCAAUUGUCUGGUGGCCAAAAGCAACGUAUUGCUAUCGCUCGUGCGUUGAUUCGCAAACCCAAGGUGUUGUUGCUUGAUGAAGCUACCUCUGCAUUGGAUAGUGAAUCCGAAAAGCUGGUGCAACAAGCUAUCGAUAACAUUAUCAGCGAAGGUGGUCGCACAACUAUCACGAUCGCUCAUAGACUAAGUACUAUACAAACAGCUGAUUUGAUCUGUGUGGUCAAGGGUGGACGCGUCGUUGAACAAGGCACUCAUUGGGAAUUGCUCAAACUCGAUGGUGAAUACGCAAGUCUCGUCCGCCAGCAAUCUCUCAAUGCACACUAG